AUGGUUUUUCAGGUGAUAACUGCUAGCCGUUGUCUCGUGCUUUGUGCUGAGAAUCGAAGCGAUAUGGAGGCAUGGUCAGCGGCGUUGCGCGGCGCUCUUCACAGUGGCUCCAAUGUGGCUGAUCUCGUGGCGAGUUUAUCUCGAGGAGACCAUCACUGGUACGCAGCAACGCAUGCGAGGCCGACAUUCUGUAAUGUAUGCCGCGAGUCGCUGGGCGCGCUUGGCACAGCGCACGCCCUUGCCUGCGAACUUUGCAAGUUCAAGGCGCACAAGCGAUGUGCUGCGCGUGCGCCGCCAUCAUGUAAGUGGACCACGCUGGCGUCGCUUGGACCGCAUCUAGUGGAGGACGCUGAAGGGAAUAUUAUUAUGCCGCAUCAAUGGCUCGAAGGAAACUUGCCGGUUGCAGCCAAAUGCGAUGUGUGUGACAAAACAUGCGGUUCUGUGCUCAGGCUUCAAGACUUCCGUUGCAUCUGGUGCCGUAAAUGCGUCCACGCGAACUGCCGACCCAGCUGGCGUGCUUACUGCUCCUUGGGACCUGCUAAAGCAUCGGUCGUCCCACCCACUAGACUCCACUCUGUGGGCCCUGAUGACGGGUGGCUUCCGGAUAGACCCCCUAACGCCUCACCUCUCAUCGUGUUUGUUAAUUCUAGAUCUGGUGACAAUCAAGGCGUGAAGUUCCUUCGUCGUUUCAAGCAAUUGUUGAACCCAGCGCAGGUGUUUGAGUUGAGUGGCGCCGGGCCGCGUCUCGGUCUGCGGCUUUUCAGACACUUUGCACCGCUCCGAGUGCUUGUCUGCAGUGGGGACGGAUCAGUUGGCUGGGUGCUGCAGGAAAUCGAUAAACUUGACAUCCAUCGACAGGUUCAAACUGCUGUUUUACCUCUGGGCACGGGCAACGAUCUCGCCCGAGUACUGGGCUGGGGAUCCUCAUGUGAUGAUGCAGCCAACCUGCAACAGUUGCUGGAACGGUACGAGAGGGCUUCCACCAAGAUGCUAGACAGAUGGUCAAUAAUGUCAUUUGAACGUGCUCUAACUGCGCCUCCGCCGCCACCAGUUCCGCCCGACUUGCUUGAUGAGAGCGCACUACUGAAUAACCUGCAAGAGAUUGUUCAGGCGGGUGAGGCAGGUGAAAUAAAUAGCGAAGCCCGUGCAGCAUUACGCGAAGGGUGCGUGCGUUUAGCGAGCGUGGGCGAACGGGCCGGGGGCGGAGCGGCACGGGCUGCACAUCGCUUGCGACGCGCACUGUCUUUGCUGCUACAUGCGCGGGCACACAUAGCGCACGAUCAUGCUAAAUGCGAGUCUUGGGAGGCAUUAGAAUCAACAAGUGAUAGUGAGCCCGAAACUCAACUUGUUGCCGAAAAGGGCAGUAUUGAAAAGACUGAAAAGGAGCAACUGAAUUGGGCGGCGCGAGGGUGCGCACUUGCAGGACGCGCGGACAGCGUAAGGCGGGCUCUGCGAUCACUUGUGCGAACACUCACGUUGCUUUACCCACCGGAAGCAAACACGGGGGAACAUAACGCUAAAGAGGUAGAGCCAGCUAACACGGGCGAGAAUGAAAUGUCAGCACUACCGGUGCCCAAAGCUUUUGCUGAUAGCCGGCGGUCAUCUGCUGCAAGUGCUAUCUCUGCCGCUUCUAUGCAACCUGAAAACAUUCCAGAUGUAGACGAAGACAUAGCUAAGUUAAUUAGUACUAACCCAACAGAACAAGCUAAUUUGGAGGUAGAGAAACGAGACCGGAGUAAAGCCAGUUCCGCUUCACCCCAAGACCGUCUUUCACUUUCAAAUUUAUCCUCCUGUGAUACUAGCUCCUGCAGGAAUCUUCUUAGACCUGACGGGGAACAAGCGAGUGCCACUUACAAUAGCAGUAGUCUAACUAUACCUAACCUAGUCGUGUCAGAUGAUAGUGAUAAGAGAUCGUUAAUACAGGGAGAAACUUAUGAAUCGGACCAAUUGACUAUAAUAGACAUCGACAAACCGUAUACGGAUGAAGUCCAUUUUCACGAUUUGUGCGAAAGAGCGGCGUCAGCUAGCGGCGACUGCACCCCAGAGAGAAAACUUUCUAGCGUAGACUUAGAGAUUGAUGCGACGAGCUCAGAAGGGUCCAACAUUAGCGAUGAUUUUAGCUUAAUCUCGGAAAUUAUUGAUACAAAACCUGAAGAACUAGAGGAAGGAGGUGGGAUGGGACACAUUGAUUCCCCUGAAAUAUCAGAAACGACGUACAUGAACUCGGAAACUAUACAUGGAGAAUCUAUUAUGGAUGAUAUUAGCUCGAUGCUGGGGCAAGAUGUUCUUCUAGCCAUGAUGGGUAAAAACGGAGAUAACGAAACAUACACAGACGACACGACAUUAUUUACUUCUGAUACAGUAUCAGACAUUCCGUUUGAUAGUCGUAAUCCCAGUAUAGAGAAAACACAUGAACCAAAAAACAGGUACAUAUCGAAAAUAAAGAAACCUAUAGAUGCCGACGUAGAAAAAUUUGGUUUUGAAAAUAGGGUAUUUUACCUUGAAAAUGCAACUAAAGCUGAAGAACAAGUCAAAUACUGUAGCUUAGCACAGUUUGAAGAAGGAAGCGAUAUAGCGAGGAAAUCAUUUAGAAAACACAUGCGUAAAAGUGUAAAAAAACGUGUUGAUGACAGCGGUGUGAAACAUUUGCUUCCCAGAUCAACAACAGAGGAGGUGCUUAAAACCGAAGAGACAUCUCGUGAAGGUUCGCCAAAACCCCAAACGUUACUCAGCUUGGAAGAGAAAAGGUUAGUAGAACACGAGCAAACGCCAAUGUUUCCCCAAGUCAGUGUUGUAGUAGAACCUCCAUCGCCUUCGCAUAGUGAUGAUAAGAAAAGUAUAAAGAGCUCAAGUAGAAUGGCUUCAGUUUUGAGUGACAUAUUCGAUCACGGCACAGACACGUUGAGUGUACACUCGCCAGAGCCAAGUAUGUCUACUGCAAGAGAACGUCGUCAAUCAGAUAAUCCACGACUUCUUGGCUCUGACUCGGAGUAUGGACAGUUUUUAAGUUGUUCACCGGCAGCUACGAGACGAAUAUCAUGCGGAAGUCUUUUCAAACCUGGCGAGCCUGACAACAGACUAUCAACAUCCGUGUCGUCGAUUUGGGGGGAAGGCGGUUCAUUUGGAGGUUGUCAAACAAAAUCGGAAGCUAGUGACAAAGCUAAAAAACUGCCAAUAAUCAAUCCCUUAGUUCAACUGCCUGCUUGGCCCCACGUCACUCAAGGGUUUAUAAGCCAAUGUCUCCUUGCAAAUGCUGAUGCUCUAUGUGCAGCUGUAAGCCCGUUAAUGGACCCUGACGAAACACUUCUGGAAGGGUUCUAUGAAAAAGCUGUGAUGAAUAAUUACUUUGGGAUUGGGAUUGAUGCUAAAAUUACUCUGGAUUUUCAUAAUAAAAGAGAAGAACACCCAGAGAAGUGCCGGUCGAGAGCCAGAAAUUAUAUGUGGUAUGGUGUUCUGGGAUCUAAAGAAUGGGUCAACAGGACAUAUAGACAUUUAGGCCAACGAGUCCAACUUGAAUGCGACGGUCAGAGAAUUCCAUUACCAGAACUUCAGGGAAUCGUUGUCCUAAAUAUACCAUCGUUCAUGGGUGGAACCAACUUUUGGGGUGGUACACGCGGCGAUGACCUAUUUUUGGCGCCAUCUUUUGAUGACAGAGUUCUGGAAGUAGUAGCAGUAUUUGGUUCAGCGCAAAUGGCAGCAUCUCGUCUCAUAAAUCUGCAGAAGCAUCGGAUAGCCCAGUGCCGGGCAGUCCAAAUUAAUAUCUUGGGAGAUGAAUGUGUCCCCGUGCAGGUGGAUGGAGAAGCUUGGCUCCAGCCACCGGGAUGUGUGAGGAUUAUACACAAGAAUCGAGCUCAGAUGUUAUGCCGUUCUAGGGCCCUGGAGACUAGUUUAAGAGCAUGGGACGAAAAGCAACAACAGAAGUCCCAAGUUGGUGGAUCAGCGCGUGCUUUGCCACCAUCGGAAGCCGCUCAUCUGCUAAGCCUACUAGAUGAUAUCAACACUAUCGUUAAGCAUGUGAAGUUAGCAUGUAUCAGCGAUAGUGGGUCUGGCAGGAUAUCAAGUGCUCUGUCAACAGCCAGACGUGUGGCAGCACAAGCUGACGCUUUACAGGAUGCAGAUGGCAGAUUACUUCCCGCUCCACAGCUUAGAAGAUUGCUUGCGGCACUGAUUGAAAGCUGCCAUGAGCUGCUGGAUAGUGGGGCGGUAGGCAGCGCGGCUUGUGGUUUGCGCGCGCAACUUGCACGGUGCGUCAUCAAGGACGGAUUCGUCUAUAUCAACGCUGAAGAGGCCCCGAAGAAAAGCAGCCGCUGGCUGAGAAGUCGCCGAAGCGUGUCCGAAGGUGGCACAGCGCCAGCGCAGACUGCCCAAGUCAGGUCGUGGGGCAUCAAAGAAGUCCAAGCCUGGCUAGAGACCAUAGAGCUAAGCGAAUACUCUGAAGCUUUCGCGAAACAUGACAUCACUGGGCGGGAACUCUUGUCCCUGGCCCGCCGUGACCUACGCGAUCUGGGAGUGACGAAAGUAGGACACGUUAAGAGGAUCCUUCAAGCUGUCAAAGAACUACAGUGA